UGAAAUAUGGUCAAAUACUUAUUUAAAGGCUUGUACAAUUUUAAUGAAGAAGUAAUCCUCUGUUUGUCCCUCCACUAGGUGAGCUACUUUGCCUCCUGCAGCUGCCUGAGUGAGCAGACAGAGUUUCCCAUGUUCAUGCGCACCAUGCCCAGCGAUGCCUUCCAGGUCAGAGCCCUGGCCCGCUUGGUCAGCCACUUCGGCUGGACCUGGGUGGGGGUCAUUGGCCUGGAGUCUGACUAUGCCCGCUUCGCCAUACAGCUUUUUCUCCACGAGUCGUCCCUGCAUGGCGUGUGUGCUGCCUAUGUUCAUCUCUAUCCUGUGGUUCUGAGUCAGCAGCCUCUGGAUGAGCUACUGGAUAUCAUUCAGGGGUCAUCUUCAAAGGUCAUAAUUAACUUCUGCAGUGAGUCAGAAGUGCAAAGCAUCAUGAGAGCCAUUCGACAGCGAAACAUCACAGGCAUCCAGUGGAUCGCGGGCGAGGCCUGGGCCACAGCCAAGUCACUCUGGGAGGAGUUUGGCGACCUCUUGAGCGGCACCUUGGGCUUCGGUAUUCGUAGAGCCGAGGAAAUUCCAGGGUUGAAGCAGCAUCUGUCCAGGCUUCGACCGUCCAACAUCCAAGAAUCGGCUUUCCUCACAGAGCUCUGGGAGGAGACACUCAACUGCAGACUGAACGGCUCUGUUAACACACAUUCUCACAUGGUCAACCAUCUGGAUCGAAAGCCUUGCACUGGCAUGGAGGAUUUAAACGACGUGUACUCUGCCUUCUCAGAUGUGAGCCAGCUCAGGGUGUCGUAUAACGUGUACAAGGCUGUGUAUUUGGUGGCCCAUGCACUGCAGAGAAUGAGUGACUGUGAGGCGGGGCAGGGGCCCUUUGUGAACGGCACCUGUGGAAAACCUCAAAGUCUAGAGCCGUGGCAGCUGUUCCACUACAUGAAGAAUACUAAGUUCUCCAUAUUGGGUGAAAAAGUGGACUUUGAUCGUAACGGUGACCCCAUCGCUUCGUAUGACCUCAUGAACUGGCGAAGGGAGCAGGAUGGCUCUCUGCGGCUGCUGAAGGUGGGCUUUUACGACGCCUCCCUGUCUCCAGAGCUCAGCCUUGUGGUGAAUGAAUCUGCCAUUCAGUGGCCAGUUGGGCAACAGGUGUGUUCUCGUCAAAUCCCCUCCAGGCCCCCUCUUCCUCUCAGACUGUUCUGUGUUCAUUUAAUAAAUGCAUUUGGCAAUCUGCUGAUUUUGAUUUUAAAGCUUUUGGAUGUUUUAUUUGUCCGCCUUCAACGAUCGUUUCAAGAGUCUCCAAAAAUCAAAAAUGAAGUCAAUAAUAAAGAUUUGUUUUCUUUAUAUAUAAUGCAUCAUGUUUUUUUCAACAAACUGCCUGCAACAUCACAGCAAUUCUCUUAUACCUUGAUAGCAUCAAAUAAAUGCCAAUCUUUCGGCAUCAGCUUUGCUCUAUGCAUCUCCUGCCUCCUGGCUAAGACAGUAGUGGUCCUAAUGGCUUUCAGGGCCACACUGCCAGGAAGUGGUGUUAUGAAGUGGUUCGGACCCAAUCAGCAAAGAGCAAGUGUGCUUCUGUGCACGGUAAUCCAGGGCUUGAUCUGUCUUAUCUGGCUUCUCACCUACCCACCUUUCACCAAUAGCAACACAGGCUACCUCAGGAACACCAUCAUUAUCGAGUGUGCUACCGGCUCGGAGGUCGGCUUCUGGUGUGUUCUGGGCUACAUCGGCCUGUUAGCAUGCCUGUGCUUCUUCAUGGCGUUUUUGGCCCUGUGGAUCACUUUCAUCCCCGUCUACGUGAGCACUGCCGGUAAAUACACCGUGGCUGUGCACAUUUUUGCGAUUCUGGCUUCUGCAUAUGGUCUUCUGGUGUGUAUUUUUGCUCCAAAGUGCUACAUUAUCAUUUUCAAGCCAGCAAAAAACAGCAAGAAAAAUAUGAUGCGUAAAUGA